AUGACAGCACCGAAUGUGCAGCUAACCAACCAAGUAGGCGAUUAUGGCUCGGAUGUUGAAAUCGAAUCUGUCGCCACACUGAGUGAUUAUGGCUCAGACAUCGACAUCGACGACGACAUCUUGCUUGCAAGUGCCUUCGCCACGAUAAGAGGCGCAGCUCCUCUCGACAGAAGCGCAGCCUUGCCCAGUGUAGAGUUUGAACAAGGCGAGAUUGAGGACGAAGAGCACGAUGUGGAGGGCUUCGUGCACAUACACAAGCCACCAGUGCUGCGUGUCGCUCAAGGCACGAGAAGUGUCCUGGCGGAUAAGCCGAAGAAUCCACAAAGCUCUCCCAUACGAGAGCGAUGUACGUUGGAAGUCGAGUAUGACGAGAGAUCGCGGCGAGCAUGGAGUGUUCCCUUUGAACAACCAGCCUUGUCUCCUCGACGCUCACCAUCUCGCUCGCGUCGUAGCACAGCAGAAACCAAGCACGACAACGGUUCGCCACUCGAACGGUUUCGCACCAAGCCCAAGAAGCCUUUGUCGGUAACAGACCUUGUCUCUCCGGCAUGGUGUGAACUGCAGUACUUGUACACUUUGAGCAAGUUUGGGCGCAAACCGAGAACACAGGCGAUGCGCACGGGCUCCAAGAUUCACGAAAAGCUCGAGGCCGAGGUACACACCACAGUGCCCGUGCAAGUUGAAAGCAAGGAAGACCGCUUUGGUCUACGUAUAUGGAACACAAUAUCUGGCUUGCGUUGUCUAAGCGAGACUGGCCUCACUCGAGAGUUGGAAGUGUGGGGGAUUUUGGAAGGCCAGGUUGUCAAUGGCAUAAUCGACGAGUUGUCCUACCAGUGCCCUGAUGCCGCUUUUGAAGAGCAGCUCGAGAAAUCUAGCGCUGAGAAAAAUGGUGGCAUCAUUCCGCUGCCCUCGGGCCAGCUCAGAAUCUCAGAUGCUUUUGCCAAGGAUUCCACUCGAGGCACGUCACAGCCUAGUCGUCAGAUCUAUAUAACUGAUGUUAAGACGAGGUCUGCAAACUCGCUUCCUGCUGGGGCCUCGUUGCGUCCGACAUGGAUGCAGCUGAUGCUCUAUCGUAAACUGCUCGAGUCACUGUCGUUGAAUACGGUGGAUGCAGAGACCAUCUUCUUACGCUAUGAUUUGCAACCCCUCCAAAACUUCAGCGAUACGUUUAUGCAAGCGGUAGGCGGCAUCGGCCCCCAUAAUCAGGCUCCUGAUUAUCCAAAUCUUCUUUCUCUGUGGUCACUGCUGGUUACCGAAAUGCAAAUCGCGGUCCCUCCUACAAGUCUAUCGCCCAUUGUUCGCGCCGAGUUUCGCUAUGCAAAGAGUGGCCACAUCAUUGGAUCAGAGCUUAUGAUCUAUGAUCCUGACACCAUUGACAAGUACAUCGGCGAUGAAAUGGCGUGGUGGAAAGGCCGGAGAGAGGCAAAGGGAGUGGAAAUAGAAGAGGCUUUCAAGUGCAGGAUAUGUGACUUUGCCGACAGCUGUAGUUGGAGAAGGACAAAGGUUGAUGAGGCUAUUGAGAAAAGUAGACUGAGGCGAGCAGCUAAGGAAAAGAGUGCUGUAUAG